AUGAUCAAAAUAUGGGAGGAAGCCCACAUCCGAGAGGGACCCAUAUUGCGCAUUCAGCUGGUAGACAACGGGUCGGGUUAUAAAGCAUUGGGUGGUCCUCUAGCGGUCGGGGAGGUUAACAAACUCUUUGGAUUUCACAACUGUGAUGCUCUGGACACAACCAACUCAUCCGGUGUCAUGAAAUGGGCGAGGAAACAAAUCGACGGUUGUAAUCGCGACCACAAAAGAUGCGGGACUGAUUUCAUGGAUCGAAGUCUGCGAGACUUCCGUCCCACGCGGCUCAUUGAUGUUGGGGGGAAUGCCGAUCCAGACGUUCGCCUUAUCGUAACCUCGGAGUUGUCAACGCCGGGAACCAUUAAAGAGUACGCUGCGUUGAGCUACUGCUGGGGCGACUCAACAAAAACACUUCUGCUCCAGCAGAACAUCGACGACAUGAAGAAGCCCACUGGUUUUUCCACGUGGGACAAGAACUAUCAUCACGCCAUCAAAAUUACGAGGGAGCUCGGAAUUCGAUAUCUGUGGAUCGACGCUCUAUGUAUCAUCCAACGCCAGGAAGGCCAAGAAGACUGGCUGAAGGAAGCUCCAACCAUGGGUCUCGUCUACGCAAACGCGACGUGUGUAUUAUCAGCAACAGCCUCCGCAGACUCACAAGGCGGUUGCUUCUUUCCGAAGAUGUCCCUCGCGGGCGGCUGCCAUUUGGGCCGUCAGGGUGACACCUCGCUGGAUGUUUUCCCGUCAACGAGACAUGACAUGAUCAUGGCCGACCUGUUCAAGGACAAGGUUGAGUCGACACGGCUGACCACGCGGGCAUGGGCAUUCCAGGAGCGCGUACUCGCGAGUCGGAUCCUGCACUUUUGCGAAGGCCUCGUCCUAUUCGAGUGCAAUGAGAUGCAAGCCUCGAGCAGUCAUGGCUUUGGCCAGCCGUACCCCAAGAAGGAGCAUUUCCGCUUGGACGGCAAUACCGACACAGUGCCCUGGUGGCCAAUACAGGAUCGUGGGGGUAUACGUGCCAACGGAAACGUUUUGCGUUGGAACUCCAGUUUUUCCCUGAACGUGCUUGAAUUUCUGGACUUCUCCGACUUAUCGGCUCGGAUGGGCAUGCGUGGCGCUUUUGAAAUGCUCGUGCACUUCAAGGGCGCGUCGUUGGAGGAGAAGAUCGAGUUCCACGGUUGCUGGUAUGAGGUUGUCGAGAAUUACUCUCAACGCAACCUGACCAACCACACGGACAGGCUCGUGGCCAUCCAAGGCCUGGCAAGAUUCGUCCCAUGCCACUUCGUCGCGGGGCUCUGGAAGGAGGUGUUCGCUCUCAACCUGCUCUGGAUGCUUAAAAGAUCAAGCCAACCCAAAGGGAGGCCCAGGCGCGACAUUCCCACCUGGUCCUGGGCUUCGGUUGACGGGCCCAUCUCGCACUGGCUGCGUGUACGAGUAUCCUCAGACUCGGCUGAUAGGGGCAUUUGGAAAGAUCUCGGCCUGUAUGUGACUAUUCUGCCAGAGCCGACUCCAGAAGCUGUCCGAACUGUCGUUUUAUAUCUUCAAAUACCGCUGUUCAAUCUCGACACCUCCAAGGCGACCUUUUAUCCCGACAUCACAAUGCCUAAUGAGAGCCAUGCGGGACUUUUCUGCCUCGCUGUUUUUUCAUUUAGGAAUUCCCAUGUUGAUCCCUACUUUGCUGAUCGACAACUUCACGGCAUUGUGGUGCAGGCAAUCGCGAGUUUGGUGCAGCGGUACGAAAGAGUUGGCUACUUCCGGAUGUUGGACCAAGCCGCCAUUGAGGAAGCACUGCAACGUCUGCGCCAUGACCCUCUCAUGAUCGUACUUGUUUGA